AUGGCUUUUACCUUCAACUUCCUUCUCUGUUUGGGAGCCUUACCAAAGCCUACCAUCAAAGCUGAGCCAGGCACUCUGGUCUAUAAGGGAAUGCAAGUGUCCAUCUCAUGUAAGGGGAUUUCAGAUGCAUGGAAGUACCUUCUUUAUAUUCAGAAAUUUGAGCAUACCCAGCCCCAGCACACCCAAACCUCAACAAACUGUGGGGAGAAAGCAGUGUUUCACAUAAGCUCGGUUGGAAAGCGUGAUGGAGGUCAAUAUUCCUGUUUAUAUGAGACCACUGCUGGCUGGUCAGUGCACAGUGACAAACUGGAGCUGGUAGUGACAGGAUUCUUUGACAAUAAACCCAGCCUAUCAGCCUUACCCAGACCUAUGGUGACAUCAGGAGAGAGUGUGACCCUCAAGUGUUUCUCACAAAAGAAAUAUGACAGGUUCAUUGUGACCAAGGAAGGAGAACAGAAGCACUUCAUGAUAAUGAAGUCACAGAAGACAUAUGUUGGACAGUUCCAGGCCCUGUUUUCUGUGGGUCCUAUGACUCCAAGCAGUAAUGGAACAUUCAAAUGUUAUGGGUCCUACAAGGCAAAUCCACAGGUUUGGUCAGAACCCAGUGACCACCUGGUUAUAUAUGUCUCAGAAUCACCUGGAACCAUCAGUCCAUCACAGAACAUGUCUAAACCCAAGCCAGGAAGUCAUAAUAAGCCUUCUCUAUGUGCCUCGCCAAGUUAUAUUGUUCCGCAGGGACAGAAUGUGACUCUUAUUUGUGACUCUCAUAGUAAACCUAACAUAUUCAAGGUGUACAAAGAAGAUGGGUUUCCUAUCCUUCAGUUACAUGAGAAAACAUUCGAGAAGAGCCUUGACCUUGGUCCUGUAACCCCAGAAUAUGCAGGCACCUACAGAUGCUUUCAUCAUCAAUACCCUAAUGAAAUUUCAGCACACAGUGAACCUCUGAAGAUCAUAAUUUCAGGAAUCUACAUGAAGCCUUUCCUCAUGGCUCCACAAACUCCCCUGGCAAAUUCAGGAGAGAAUGUGACUCUGGAGUGUCAUUCAGAGAUUAUGUUUGAUACCUACAUUUUGACUUCACACAGAAUGGGAAUACUAAAGGAAACUUUGCAGCAUUUUCAAGAAUCUCCUUUCAGUGGGUCUUAUGCCAAUUUCACAAUUGGUCCCAUGACACCUGAUCACAGUGGAACAUACACAUGCUAUGGUGCUUACAAUCAUAGCUUAUAUGAGUGGUCAGACUCUAGUGACCCCGUUGACAUCAAGAUCACAGGUGAAUACAAGAAACCUUCUCUGUCAUUUGUGAUGAGCCCUGUACUGGUGUCAGGAGAGAACAUGACCCUGUCCUGCAUCUCUAACCAUCAGUUUGAAAUGUUCCAUCUAUCCAGAGAAGGGGUGCCUCAAGGAAAAGGGAUACCUGCAAUGCAGAGCCACAGUGGUAAAUUUGAAGCCAAAUUCCUUCUUAGUCCUGUGAUCCAAAAAGGGAACUAUAGAUGCUAUGGCUCUUUCAAAAACUCUUCCCAUGUGUGGUCAUCUCCAAGUGACCCCUUGUACCUUCCUGCCAAAGGAAAUUGCCCUUCAUGCACAGAAGUAGAUUCCAAAAACAGGAAUCUUGGAGAGAUCAGGGAUAUGGAAAAAUAUAGCAAGCCAAUUAACAACAUCAGAUUAAAUGGAGAGGAACUUAAAUCAAUUCCAAUAAUAAUAAUGAUAAUAAUAAUAAUAAUAAUAAUAAUAAUAAUAAUAAUU